AUGAAGGUGUUGAUGAGAUGGAUGGUACCAUACCCUCAGAGUGUUGUUCAGUCUGGCCAAAGGGCUGCUCUCAUGAACUUUGUCCACCGCAAGCUGUCCCCCAGUAUUCGCACCUUGUUCAGUGAGACUGGUAUGUGGGAGAAGGACUAUCAAACAGAGACACGAUGCAAAGUGGAGCAAUGGUGGCACCCACGAAUCAUGGCCCAGUGCCGCGAGGACUCACUAGAAAAGCAUCAAAACCGGGAGAAGUUCUAUGUUCUCUCCAUGUUCCCAUACCCAUCUGGACGGCUGCAUAUGGGCCAUGUGCGAGUUUACACAAUCAGCGACGUCAUCGGCCACUUUCAAAGAAUGAACGGUUACCAGGUAUUAAACCCAAUGGGCUGGGAUGCUUUUGGCCUUCCAGCAGAGAAUGCAGCAAUUGAGAGGGACCUUGAUCCAGAAGAUUGGACUAGAAGAAAUAUCAAGUCUAUGCGGGAGCAGCUAGACAACCUUGGCCUUUGCUUUAACUGGGAUCGGGAGGUGACUACUUGCCUUCCUGACUACUACAAGUGGACACAGUAUCUCUUUAUUAAAAUGUUCAAAGCAGGACUGGCUUAUCAGAAAGAGGCUGUGGUGAACUGGGACCCAGUUGAUCAAACAGUACUGGCUGAUGAGCAGGUGGAUGAGAAUGGUCGUUCCUGGAGGUCUGGUGCUGUGGUUGAGCAGAAGUUGCUCACUCAAUGGUUCAUCAAGACCACACAUUAUGGCAAGCCUCUACUGGAUGCUUUGUCAGACCUUCCAGAGUGGUACGGGGUCAAAGCCAUGCAGGCCAAUUGGAUUGGAGAGUGCACUGGCUGCUAUUUUGAUUUCAAACUCAAGCUCAAUGGGGAGGAGACGGGGGAGAUUCUGUCGGCAUACAGCUCCUCCCCAGAGACAGUGUUUGGUGCAGCGUACCUGGCUAUCCUGCCUUCCCACAGACUGCUACAUGGGAAUAGCUCAGUCCGCUCUGUGCUGGAGAAAGCCUGCCAGCCAGGCAAAGACUCCCUUACAGAGGUCACAGCCGUCAAUCUGCUCACCGGCCAAGAGGUUCCUAUAGUCAUAUCUCGUAAAGAGGCCUUUGAUGGCUAUCUGGACACAGUGGUUGGCACACCUGACUGCAGUGUUGAGCAUUUGGAUGUGGCUAAAAUGCUGAAUUUAACCUGGACCAAUGUUCUGAAAAGCCAUGAAGAUGGGACACAGACUGUCAUUAAUUCUGAGGAGUUCUCAGGGCUCACAAGAGAACAGGCUUUUGACUCCAUUACCCAGAAGGCCAGGGAACUAAAGGUUGGGGGGCACCUGACUAGCUCAAAGCUCAGAGAUUGGUUGAUAUCAAGACAGCGUUACUGGGGCACACCCAUUCCUGUGGUGCAUUGUGGGUCUUGUGGUCCAGUUGCUGUCCCAGAGGAGCAUUUACCAAUUACUUUGCCAAAGCUUUCAUCAAUCACCGGAAGGGGGGCAUCGCCCCUGGAGGCCGCCCAUGACUGGGUCAAUUGCAAAUGUCCGAGAUGUGACGGCCCAGCAAAAAGGGAAACUGACACCAUGGACACAUUUGUAGACUCAGCUUGGUAUUACUUUCGUUACAUCGACCCCCAUAAUACAAAGAGGCCUUUUGAGCGCCACCUAGCGGAUCACUGGCUGCCCGUGGAUGUUUACAUAGGAGGAAAGGAGCAUGCUGUCAUGCAUUUGUAUUACGCACGCUUCCUUUGUCACUUCUGCAAGGACCAGGGGCUUGUGGAGCACAGGGAGCCAUUCAGAAAGCUGCUUGUCCAGGGUCUGAUCAAAGGCCAGACUUUCCGACGAGCAGACAAUGGCCAGUACCUAAAGAGGGAAGAAAUAGACUUUACAGAUAAAGAGCCACAAGCAGUGGGAGGUGAAAGUGUGGAAGUCACAUGGGAGAAAAUGAGCAAAUCUAAACACAAUGGUCUGGACCCACACGAUGUGGUGCAACAGUACGGAGUGGACACUGUGCGACUGUACAUCCUUUACGCCGCUCCACCUGAACAGGACAUCCUCUGGAAUCUAAAAAAGGAUGCUCUUCCUGGAGUCCUGCGCUGGCAGUCCAGACUGUGGAAACUUGUGACCAAGCUGCGAGGUGCUCGGCAACUCGGUGACGUCCCUAACCCCUCUUUGCUGAAAAAGAAGGAUCUGGCAGAGUCAAAGAAAAUUUGGGAAAACAAGAACUACGCAAUUCAAGAGGUCACAUCUUACUUCACAGAAGACUUCUUAUUCAAUGCUGCCAUUUCUCGCCUCAUGGGACUUACCAAUACACUGAGUAGUGCAACUGUGAGGGUGUUGCAGCAUAGUGUGGAGUUUGAAGAUGCUCUAGCUGCACUAAUUAUGAUGACUGCGCCAAUGGCACCUCAUCUUGCCUCUGAACUUUGGGCAGGUCUUUGCAAGGUGAAUAACCCAAUCAGCAGCACUCUUCGUCAAGGUGGUGACGUGCUGUCACAGUCCUGGCCUACUGUAGAUCCUGAAUACUUGCAGACCCCUGACUUUGUGGACAUAUGUGUGCGGAUUAACAACAAAGUUUGUGGGACAGUAACUGUACCUGUGCUGGUGUCCAAAGACUCGGAUCAAGUGCAAAGGUUGGUCAUGGAGAGCUCCCUAGGACAGACGCUUCUCAAAGAGAUGCACAUCAAGAGAGCCAUCCUGUCUCCCCGGACUGCCCUCAUCAAUUUCCUAGUUGCUUGA